CAGACAGCGGUGGUCAGUGCCCAGCCUGAGGGGAUGGCUUCAAAUGGAGCAUACCCAGUGCUGGGACCAGGCGUGACCGUGAACCCUGGCGCCUCCCUGUCUGUGUUCACUGCUCUGCCCUUCGCCACACCCGCUCCCGGCCCAGCACACGGGCCGCCCCUCGUGACUGCAGCGGUUCCUCCAGGCGGCCCUCUGGUGCUGUCUGCCUUCCCCAGGACACCUCUGGUGACAGGACAGGAUGGCCGAGGCCUGAGUGGGGCCGGGGCUUCCAACGUCUUUGUCCAGUUGAGGACAGAAGUGGGGCCUGUGACGGCCCCUCAGGCACAGACCUUGAUCCUAACUCAGGCCCCCCUCAUCUGGCAGGCUCCAGGUGCCGUCUGUGGAGGUGUCGUGUGUCCACCUCCCCUACUCCUGGCAGCUGCUCCCGGGGUGCCCGUUACAUCUGCCCAGGUGGUUGGGGGCACCCAGGCCUAUGAGGGAGGCUCGUCCCACGGCCUUCCUCUUCCACCACCACCACCGGCUGCCCAGGUGGCCCCCAUUGUGUCCCCAGGGAAUGCUGGGCCAUGGCCACAAGGGGCUCAUGGAGAGGGCAGCCUGGCUCCCUCCCAGGCCAAGGCCCCACCGGACGACUCCUGUAAACCCAAGAGUGUCCAUGAGAACUUCCGACUCUGGCAGCACUACAAGCCCCUGGCCCGGAGGCACCUUCCCCAGAGUCCUGACACCGAAGCGCUUUCCUGCUUCCUCAUCCCAGUUCUCCGAUCCCUGGCCCGGCGGAAGCCCACCAUGACCCUGGAGGAGGGACUGUGGCGGGCCAUGCGGGAAUGGCAGCACACGAGCAACUUUGACCGGAUGAAAUUCUACGAGAUGGCCGAAAAGUUCCUGGAGUUUGAGGCUGAGGAGGAGAUGCAGAUCUGGAAGUCGCAGUGGAUGAAGGGGCCCCAGUGCCCGCCUCCUCUAGCCCUGCUGAGGCUUGAACCUCAAGGACCCCCGGCCUCUAAGGUGGUCAAGCAGCCAGAGUAUCUUCCCAGCAAGGCUGGCCCCAAGGCCCCGACUGCCUGCCUGCCACCACCCAGGCCCCAGAGGCCAGCGGAGACCAAGGCCCACCUGCCACCACCCAGGCUCCAGAGGCCAGCGGAGACCAAGGUCCCUGAGGAGAUCCCCCCUGAAGUGGUGCAGGAGUAUGUGGACAUCAUGGAGGAGCUGCUGGGGUCUCACCUUGGGGCCACAGGGGAGCCCGAGGGACAAUGGGAAAAGGGCAAAGUCGAGCAGCCGCAGGAAGAGGACGGGAUGACCUCAGACCCCGGCCUCCUGAGCUACAUUGACAAGCUGUGUUCCCAGGAAGACUUUGUCACUAAGGUAGAGGCCGUCAUUCACUGCCGAUUCCUGGAAGAAUUACUUUCCCCAGACCCAGAGAUGGAUUUAUUGGCCCUAAGCCAGGAGCUGGAGCAGGAGGAAGAACUCACCGUUGCCCAGCUAGUGGAGAAGCGCCUCCUCUCCUUGAAUGAGAAAUGGCAUGUGAGGGCAGCCCCUAGACAUGGCACGGCCCGGAUGGACUCAAGUCCUAAGUUUGCAGCUGGCCAAGGAGCAGCGAGAGACUUCCCUGACGCCCAAAAAAGGGUCAGUGUGGAAACCUCCUCACCACAGACGGCUGCCCGGGACCCUCAGGGACAGGGCAGAGUGAACACUGGCAUGGCCCGGUCCGAAGACCCUGCUGUGCUUUUGGGUUGUCAGGAUUCCCCUGGGCUGAGGGCUGCCCGGACAACCUCUCCUCCCCAGGACCACAGACCCACCUGCCCUGGCCUGGAGACCAAGGACGCCUUGGAUCUCCCUGGAGGAUCUCCUGUCAGGGAGUCACACGGGCUGGCUAAGGGGUCAAGUGAGGAGAGGGAAAUCCCUGGCAUGGUCUAUGUCGUGGGUUCCCACCAUAGGCUGCGGCCCUGGAGGCUGUCCCAGAGCCCUGUCCCUUCCUCGGGCCCUCUCAGCCCAGGAGGGCGAGGACCCCGGGGAGCUCUUCAGUCACCAUCUUCCCAAAGAAGAGAUCUCAGCCCAGCACCCUGGGCUGCCACCAAAUCCAAGAAGCAACCUCUCUUUGGAAGCCCAUCUCCUCCUGAAAAGACGCCCCACCCAGGGCCUGGGCUCAGGGUCUCUGGGGAGCAAUCCCUGGCUUGGGGGCUGGGUGGCCCCUCACAGUCUCAAAAGAGAAAGGGUGACCCCUUGGUCUCCAGGAGGAAGAAGCAGUGGCAUUGUAGCCAGUAG